AAUACCAUCAGCCAGUGAUUGAAGACAGGGGAAAGCCUGGGGUCAAUACCGAUUGACUGGCGAACAAAGAUGUUCGGGGCUGCGGUGGAGCUUGAUGGAAGCGAUUGUUGAGUUUCCUUAUGAAGCUCAACAUGAAGAUGAGCUGACCAUUUCUGUAGGAGAUAUUGUAACUAAUAUCAAGAAAGAAGAUGGAGGAUGGUGGGAGGGUGAACUGGAUGGCAGAAGAGGUUUGUUCCCUGACAACUUUGUAAGAGAAAUAAAGAAGGAUGUUAAGAAAGAAAGCCAACCAGUGAAACCUACAGAGAUGCUUGGGGAUGACUUUUCCAAUGGCAGCUUGCUAUCUUCAAACGAUACGACUCUUAAAAAUCCUAGAAAAGCUGAAAAAAUUAGAUCAAGAAGAUGUCAAGUGGCGUUUAGUUAUGCUCCUCAGAAUGAAGAUGAACUGGAGUUGAAAAUUGGUGAAAUCAUUGAAGUACUUGGUGAAGUUGAAGAAGGCUGGUGGGAAGGUAUCCUUAAUGGUAAAAGUGGAAUGUUUCCCUCAAAUUUCAUUAAAGAGCUUCCAGAUGAACAAGAGGAAACAGCCAGCACUCAAGAAGAUACCACAUCAAAAACAAGCGUUAAGGACCGAGGAAGUCCUGAACAAGAUACUACAAACGGAGUUGGUGGAAAGUUGGCAGCGGAUGGAUCAAAUAGUGCGAUGGCAGUAGAAAUUCAGCCAAAAAAGAUAAAAGGAUUUGGCUUUGGAGACAUUUUUAAAGACAAACCUAUCAAACUGAGACCCAGAUCAAUGGAAAUAGAACUUGAUAACAGCACUAUUGAUAAGCCUCCUGGAAAAAAGUUAGCUUCAGCUGUGUCUUCUCAGGAGCCAAUAAAGUCCGACCCAGACAACAGGCCCAAGGGUAAGGAAUAUUGCAAAGUACUAUUCCCAUAUGAAGCACAGAACGAAGAUGAGCUGACAAUAAGAGAAGGAGAGAUCGUAAUUAUUAUUAAUAAGGAAUGUGCAGAUGCUGGAUGGUGGGAAGGUGAAAUCAAUGGUAAACGGGGAGUUUUUCCAGAUAACUUUGUUAAACUUCUGCCACCUGAUUUUGAAAAAGAGCGACCUAAGAAGCCUCCACCUCCUUCGGCUCCAGCUGUCAAACCAUUAUCAGGAUCCAAAUUUGAGGGUUCGCUAGUGGACAAAAAGAAUGAAGCAAAAAGGAUGCCUCCAGAAAGACCGGACUCUCUGCCAACUAGGAUGGAGGACAAAGAAGAAAAGUCAGAAAGAGAUCAGAAAUCUAUAGAACUGUCUAAGCCCUCAGUACCUGCAAUACCACCGAAGAAACCUUUGCCUCCCAAGACCAAUUCUUUGAACAGACCAAAUACAUUGCCACCUAAAAGGCCAGAGAGACCAGCAGCACCCACAGCUCAUGCCAGGUCUGACAGCGAUCCAAAGUCUGAAUCAGGAGUUCCUGUUGUGUUUCUCAGCACAUCGGAGAGAGAGACCUUGGAAAAGACCAAUGACAUUGAUGUAGCAAGUUUUGAUAGUGUAGUCUCUUCCACCGAGAAACUCAACCAUCCCACAACCUCCAGACCCAAAGCCAGUGGAAGGCGACCUCCAUCUCAAGUCUUUACAUCUCCAUCGCUUUCUAGUCCUGAUUACUUGGACUCCCCAAUUUCACAGGAAGAGGAUAGAGAGGAACACGAGAGAAUAGAACUUGAUUCCAAUACAGCAAAAGUAAAGGAAAUUGUCAAGAAAGCUCCAAGACCUAUCCCAGUGUUACCAGUAUCUGAUAAAACAUUGCCACCAAAACCAGGAGUUCCAAAUUUGCCAUCUGGAAGCAAUGCACAUGCCAUCCACGCAUUCCAUCAUGGUAUCACUUCUGCAGCUGGGCAGAGACCAAACUCACCAUCUCAGUACAAUACUGAUCUCAAGCCAAAGAGUGACAAAACUCAGGAUCCAAUUGAGGAACUGAGAGCACAAAUGAAGGAAUUGAGGAGUUUCAUUGAAAUGAUGAAAUCUCAGCACAAAAAAGAGAUCACACAGUUGAUGAAUGAGUUGGAUGAAGAAAAGAAGAUCCGUAUAUCAUUGCAACUGGAAGUGGAUGGAAUUAAGAAAACACUUCAAUCAAAGUGACAGUUCCCUGGAUUGAAAAUGCUGCAGCAACACUUCUGAUCACUCCAGGACUUAAUGCAGCCAAAUUUAGUUUUGUGCCAAAUUCAUUUUGUAAACAUUAGCCCCCUGCAUCUUUUCUAAACAGGUUUUCAAGUUUUGUAAUGCAAAAUAGUCUCGGUCACAUAACAGCAGAGUGAUUUACUGUCCCUGUACUAAAUGCACUGAUGUCCAAAUGGCUAAAGCUGGAGGCUUAAUGCAUAUAUUUUUGUGUAUGUAUAUAAAAUAUAUACACAUUUACAAUGAAGUAAUUCAGUAUGUCAGACACAAAGCCCACACUGGUACUAUUGAUAUUUUGCAAUAAAGAAAAUGUAAUGUUUGGGUGCCAGUUUAUAUAUGCCUGACAUUGAUGUUGUCCACUUAUUUUUCUGCAUUGACAUGUAUGUUCAUUUUCUCGUGAUACUACAUCACACACCUACGUUAAACAUUGUCUUCAUCUGUUGUCAAAUGUCCUUUUCUGGGUGCUUUGUAUCUUGAAAUUAUCCCUCAAAGUACAGCAAUGGGUGUAGUGAGAACAACAUUCUUAACCAAAUUAACCAGAGAAUGUACAAAUUAAAAUUGGUGCCUGAGCAAAUUCCCUAUUAAAUGUUGCCAGCUCAAUGUGCCCAUUAGUAAUGUACUUGAGGGAAUUAUUUCAAACAGAUUAGAACUGCAUUUCAGAUUGAUUUAUUAAAUACAUAAUUGCUAUUUUCAAA